GAUGGCAAGCAAUAUAUUAAUUUUAAAUUGUUUACGUCGGGUUCUAAUUAAUCCAACCGAGAGUACUAGAAAUGGAUGCAAACUUAUUAAAGAUAUAAUUGAGAAUAAUUCUCUAAUUGAAGAAACAACCAAAUUACUCAAUUCUUUAACCCUUUAUGAUUUUAAUUUUUUACUCUUUCGAUGUGAAUCUGAAGAAUUGUCAACUUUGUCUACUGGAUCAUACCAAAUCCCUAAUUUUGGAAAAUUACCUUAUUGUGGUUUUAUGGGUAUACGUCAAUUACUUGUAAAUAUUCAAGCAAGUCAUGAUCUUGGCCAUCCAUUUUGUGAAAAUUUGAGACAGGGAACAUGGCUAAUUGAAUAUUCAAUCAACCGCCUUAAACGUUUCUCACCAACACUUGAAAAAUUUGCCAUACUUCUGGAACAUGCAUUUAAUUCACUUAAAAAUUUUCCUCAUCAUUUGCGGCCUUGUUAUUUUGAGAUGAUUUUUACUUAUUUUUAUGUGGCUAUUGAACGUGUAUUUUUAGAAAAAAUUUUUUCACAAUCUCCAACUCUUCCACGUAUCCGUAUUACUGAACUUUUAUGUAUUGCUUCAAAUGCUUUUGUUGCCCAUAUUCCAAAUGCAUUAUUACCACCAUUAGCUAAUAACAAGGAUAAUAAAAUUUCUCUUUCUGCCGGGCUUCCUCAUUUUGCUGAAGGAAUUUGGCGUAAUUGGGGACGUGAUACUUUUAUUGCUUUACCUGGAAUUUUUCUUUUAACUGGACGUUUUGAUGAAGCUAAAAAUUGUAUUUUGGGAUAUGCUGGAACUCUUAGACAUGGACUUAUUCCAAAUUUGUUGGCAGAAGGAAAGUCGCCUAGAUACAAUUGUCGUGAUGCUGUUUGGUUUUGGAUGGUUGCUAUUAUUAGAUAUAUUGAAACGGCCCCCGAUGGAUUUAAAAUUCUGCAAGAACCAGUACUUCGUUUAUAUCCAACAGAUGAUUCAACUGGAGGAGAUUUAAAGACACAACCUUUACAUUGUACAAUUUAUGAAGCCCUUUGUCGUCAUUUUGAAGGUAUCAAUUUUCGUGAAAGGAAUGCUGGACAUCAAAUUGAUGAACAUAUGAGAGAUGAAGGAUUUAAUGUCCAAGCUUAUAUUUGCCCCAAAACUGGUUUAAUAUUUGGUGGAAAUCGUUGGAAUUGUGGUACUUGGAUGGAUAAAAUGGGCAGUUCAUCAAAUGGAGGAAAUAAAGGAGAACCAGCUACACCGCGUGAUGGGGCUGCUGUUGAAUUACAAGGAUUGGCAUUUUGUGUGGCUAAAGCUUUGGAUAAAUAUUCAAAUGAGGGAAUAUUUCCUUACAAAGAAUUAAAAAAUGAUUCCCUUGGAAUUUCAUUAUCUUGGUCUGACUGGGCCUCAAAAAUUCAAAAAUCAUUUUUGGAAUAUUUUUAUAUUCCAGAAACGUGUACAGAUAAAUUUGUGAAUCGUAAAGGAAUUAUAAAAGAUUCUUUUAAAAGUUCACUAGGCUAUACUGAUUAUCAAUUGAGGCCUAAUUUUUGUAUUGCCCUUGAUGUGGCACCGGAUUUAAUCGACCCAAAUCUUGCUUGGAAUGCUUUAGAAUGUGCUGGCAAUAUUUUGGCAUUAAACGCGCCUUUGGGUAUCUGCACACUGGAUCCGGAAGACUGGGCAUAUAAUGGAUAUUAUAAUAAUUCUGAUGAUGGAACUAAUAAAGUGACAGCAAAAGGGUGGAAUUAUCAUCAAGGACCGGAAUGGCUUUGGGUAGCUUGUGCCUAUAUGAGUGCCAAAUUAAAAAUAACUUCAUUACUCUACAAAAAUGGCAGAAAAUUAGAAUGGCAACAAACUUUGGAUGAAAUUCGUUGUAGAUUAUAUCGCUAUGAAAAAAUUUUGACAAAUGGAGAAUGGGCAUCUUUGCCUGAAUUAACUAAUGCUAAAGGAGAAAAAUGUGGAGACUCGUGUCCUGCACAAGCUUGGUCCGUUGGAUAUGCAUUGGAUGUUAUUGAAACUAUGAGAAAAUGUCAGGAGGAAGUAGGGAUAGUAGACUAGUUAGUUAAUUUUAGGAGGAAAAUUCUGUAGAGUCAGUCAAGGGCGUAUCAGGGAGUUAAGGAAAUCUUCAUUCGGAAUGCUUUAGGUUUGGCACAUGUCCUUCCAUUUUAGCCCUUCCGAAAAUCCAUCCCUUGGAUACGCCCUUGCAGUCAGACCUCAGUUCUUGAUAAUUUUUGGGCUUCAAUAAUUGUAGCUUAUAAUGAGUUGUCCUUGAUUGAGGGAUAUCCAUUAAUUAAUGUUCAUUUUGGCUUAGCUCUUUUCACUGGGCAUUAACUAAUGCUAAAGGGCAACCUAAUAUUUAAAAAUAAAGGCAUCUUAGGUAUCUAUAAUUGAGGUUUGACGUUAGUUUAAAUUUUUUAGUAAUGUUUGCGUACCACAGUUUCGGCCCGCAAACUUUUUUCACUUUUAUUAUUCUAAUCAUCUACUAUAUACUUAAAUUUUUUUGUAUUAAUUAAUGUUUAUUUCUAAAUUCUUGCUCAAUUUUCUAUGUGUCAUAUAAAUUUUUUGGUACUUUUAAUGCAUGUAAUUGAAGAAAAAUCUAAAGAGGGAGAGGAUAUCAUUUAGUAUGGAGAAUUUCUAAUUUUUGUUUAGCUGGAAAGCUUAUGAUGAACGUGGGGUAUUUUAAAUUAGAGAUCGAACAUACCGUAUUACGUAUUUUUCGGUUAUUCCUUAUCGGUAGUUUCAAUCUCUAUUUUAAAUACAGUCG